AUGCCUCCUCCACAUACGGGAUUUGAGAUGUCAAAAAAGGUUCUUGAAUUUUUAUCGGAUUGGGGAAUUGAGAAGAAGAUUUUUUCACUCACAUUAGAUAAUGCUUCUGCUAAUGAUGUAAUUCAAGCUCACUUGAAAAGACAACUUGUAUUACAAAAUUGGUUAUUAGCUAAGGGGGAGUUCUUUCAUGUUCGUUGCUCAACACAUGUUUUAAAUUUGAUUGUCCAAGAGGGUUUAAAAGUACUUGGUGACGCAUUGGAAAAGAUUAGGGGAAGUGUGAAAUAUGUGAAGGUCUCUGAGGGUAGAAUGAAAAAAUUCAAGGAAUACAUUGAACUCAUUAGUGGUGUUGAAACAUCGGCUGGUUUGUCUUACAAUGUUUCCACUAGAUGGAAUUCUACUGAUUUGAUGCUUCAAAGUGCAUUGAAAUACCGACGUGUAUUUGCAAGUCUUAGUUUUCAUGAUGAUAAUUAUAAUGUUUUCCCUUCAGAAGAAGAUUGGAAGAGAGGAGAUAAUAUAUGCACAUUCUUGUUGCCAUUCUAUAAGACCACGAACUUGAUUUCUGGAACGUUUUAUCCUACUUCUAAUUUGUAUUUUUUGCAAAUUUGGAAAAUUCAAUGUGUUUUGAUGGCAAGCAUCAACGAUGAAGACACUUUUAUUCGAGACAUGGCUGAAAGAAUGAUGAUCAAGUUUGAGAAGUAUUGGAGUGAUUAUAGUGUGGUUCUUGCUCUAGGAGCGGCUCUUGACCCGAGGAUCAAGCUUACCUCUUUGGAAUAUAUGUAUGAAAAAGUUGUUUCACUUACCUCAAAGCUUAAAACAAAUGAAAUUAAGCAGAAGUUGUACACUCUCUUUGAGAUGUAUCGUCGUCUUCAUACUUCGUCGUCCACAAUCUCUCAAACUCCAUCUUCCAUCACUAGAGGAGAAUCAAGUUCUCACGCGUUCACUAAGAGUUUGUUCAAUGCUGAUUUGAAAGAUCACAAACAAGAACUUGCAACAGAGACUAGAAAGUCUCAACUUGAUGUUUAUUUAGAGGAGGAGAAUUGGAAUAGGUUUAAAGAGUUAUCUUUAUUGGCACGUGAUUUGUUAGGCAUCCCUAUUACUACUGUUGCAUCUGAAUCUACUUUUAGUAUUGGUUCAAUCAUUCUCAACAAAUAUAGAAGUCGCUUGUUAUCGAAGAAUGUAGAGGCACUGAUUUGCACUCGCAAUUGGCUUCACGGUUUUAAUAGUUUUGAUGUAGUGGGUGAUGCUGAAGAUAAUGAUGAUGGAAGCUUAACGAAAAGUACUACAACAGGAGCAUCAUUUGUUUAUGACGUAGAUGCAGAUUGA